GGGUUUUCUUAACAAUCACAAAGGGGGAAGAUGAAUUACGAAGGUAACGGAGAUAGUGUCACUGUCGCCACCGAUGACAAUAACGACAACGAGAACUACAUAGCUAGGGAGAGCUCGCCAUUCAAGUCUCUUGGUAGCGAGGACUCCAAGUCUCGAGAUUCUCAUGAUCUGGAUAAGGAUUCUUCAAGAAGCAGGGAGAAGGACAAGGCAAAGGGGCGUGAUAAAGACAGGGACAGAGAUAGGGAGAAGAGCAGGGAUAGAGAUAGGGAACGCGAUCGCCAUCGUAGAGAUCGUCAUAGGGACCGUAGCAGAGAACGUAAUGGGAAAAGGGAACGUGAGAGAGAUGAUCUCGAUGAUGAUGAUGACGAUGAUCAUUACAGAAGUCGACACCGUCACAGGAGCUCUCGCGAUCGAGAUAGAGAGGAGAGACACAGGCGACGCUCACGCUCUCGCUCCAGGAGCCGCUCUGAACGUAGGUCAAGAUCCGAGCAUAGGCGUAGGUCUGAACAUAGAUCACGUUCACGCUCACGCUCACGCUCACGGUCCAAGAGCAAGAGGGUAAGUGGAUUCGAUAUGGCGCCCCCUGCUUCUGCAAUGCUAGCUGCUACUGCUGUUGCUGCCGCAGUUUGGAAAGAUCAUUAUCAAUUACACGGUGUAACUUUGUAAGAACUAAGAAGGCUAUGUACAAGGAGGAACCAGUGCAACGGUUGUCAUUGGCCAGGUUCCUAGUGUGCCAGCUACUGCUAGUAUUCCAGGGAUGUUCCCCAACAUGCUUGCAAUGGUCCCUGGUCAGCAAAUGGGAGCGCUUCCUUUACUGCCAAUGCAGGCAAUGACUCAGCAGGCAACUAGGCAUGCUCGACGAGUUUAUGUUGGUGGCCUUCCACCCACUGCAAAUGAACAGUCGGUUGCAACUUUCUUUAGCCAAGUGAUGGCGGCGAUUGGGGGAAACACUGCUGGGCCAGGCGAUGCGGUGGUCAAUGUUUACAUAAACCAUGAAAAGAAGUUCGCUUUUGUGGAGAUGAGAUCUGUUGAGGAGGCUAGUAAUGCAAUGGCACUAGACGGAAUUAUAUUAGAGGGGGUUCCUGUAAAGGUGAGGAGGCCAACUGACUAUAACCCGUCGCUUGCUGCAGCUCUUGGCCCGAGCCAGCCUAAUCCCAGUCUCAAUUUGGCGGCUGUUGGAUUGUCUUCGGGGUCUACCGGUGGGCUUGAGGGUCCGGACCGCAUUUUUGUUGGUGGGCUUCCUUAUUACUUCACAGAAGAACAGAUCAGGGAGCUCUUGGAGUCUUUUGGGCCCCUGAGAGGUUUUAACUUGGUUAAAGACAGGGAAACUGGAAACUCGAAGGGAUAUGCUUUUUGUGUUUUCCAAGAUCCUUUAGUGACAGAUAUUGCUUGUGCCGCUCUAAACGGGAUUAAGAUGGGUGAUAAGACACUUACAGUGAGGCGUGCAGUCCAGGGUGUGAUUCAACCUAAACCUGAGCAAGAGGAAGUAUUACUUCAUGCUCAACAGCAGAUUGCUUUGCAGAGGCUUAUGCUACAACCGGGAAGCACGCCAACCAAGAUUGUAUGUUUGACUCAAGUGGUUACAGCUGAUGAUCUUGCAGACGAUGAAGAAUAUGAAGACAUAAUGGAGGACAUGAGACAAGAAGGUGGAAAAUUCGGUAACCUGGUGAAUGUUGUGAUUCCGAGGCCCAAUCCUGAUCAUGAUCCAACACCAGGAGUUGGAAAGGUUUUCUUAGAGUAUGCGGAUGUAGAUGGCGCAGCAAAGGCCAGAUCGGGAAUGAACGGAAGAAAAUUUGGAGGAAACCAAGUGGUUGCUGUGUAUUACCCCGAGAACAAGUUUGCACAAGGCGACUACGAAGGCUGAUCUUUGUUUACUUUGGCUCUCUUAGCAAAAAGAUAUUUUGUUUGGGUUAAUCUUAUGUCUCUCUAUUUAAUGGAUAUACUUAUUUGUCUAGAAUAUUACUACAUUAUUAUCAAUUUAGUACUUGUCUAGAAGACAUAAAUAACCAAGGUGUGUUGGAUAAUUA